ACUUCUGCCCUCUUCCUCUCUCUAUUUCCCUGUGAGUGGAUUUGCGUGUUUGCAGUUCACUUUACGACCGCUAGAGGGACGUCUGCAAACAUUUCCAUGGCAACACAGUAAACCGUGGUAAACAGGAGUUUCCUGCUGUGUGAGACAAAAACGAAAACACCCCACAGCUAUUUGUUUCGAAUUUUCGACAAUGGAGAAAGUAUGUCUCAAUGAAUCAGCUCUACACGCGGUCGAUGACUACAGGGAGUACACAAGGAUUGUGGGUGAUGAUGAUGGAGGACAACUGUUCACUCCAGAGGAAUAUGAGGAGUACAAGAGGAAGUUGCUCCCUCAACGAGUGAAAAACAGGCUCUAUGUCAGCUUUGGGGUCCCAGGAGGUAUCGACUGCAAACUCAUUGGUCCCGAAACACUGUGCUUCUGUACACAUAGAUACAAGCAACACAAGACCGACUUUGAGGUGGUCCCCUCUGAGCGGCCCUUAGCCCUACCAUGCCAGGUCAGAGUGUGUCCUUGUUCUGCCUACCAGUAUGUACCCCAGAUUGGGCCAAAUCCUGUCCGCUGCAGGUGUAAACACUUUCCUCAGGAUCACAGUGAAGCUACUGGCCACUUGUGCAAAACAUGCAGUUCCUGUUCUGGGUUCAAGAGCCCCUUCACUUGUGGUUGUGGUCAGCCCAGCUCUGCCCAUCAGACGCUGGUUGAGACAAAACUAGAGAGGGGGGCACGUGGUCAGCCUCUCGGCAGGGAUGUCCCUUAUGCUGCCAUGGGGGGGCUGACAGGGUUCCGCUCCUUAUUGGAUGGUUAUCUCGCUUUGGAAGUCAGCGACACAGAUCAAGACAGAGAAAAUGUUCAGGAGAGAUGCUCUGCAUCAAGGCUUAAAGGAACGUCUACUAAAACAUCAAGCUCUGUUCACCGUAAGAGAGAGACCAACAAACAGUGAACACAUAAAAGAGCAACAUUCGUCUCACAGUCCAUCUGUCAAGCUGUCCAUUAACUACUGGGCAAUAAUUACUAUGCAAAUAAAUCAUACACCUUU